UUCAGGAAUGGCUUCAACUGAGAGGGAGCAAUAUCUUAAAGUUAUAAGAAGCCAUGGUUCGUCGUAGGGGAAGGAGUGUUCCCAUCAUCAAACAGACAUCACAACUAAUACAUUCAAGACAAUUACCCUACAUCACAGACUUUACAAUCAAACGACACACUUAAUCACACAAUACCCUUCAUCUGCAAUUACACUCAUCAUGGGUCUCAUCGGUCUUGCAAUCUGCGCCAUCAUGAGCGCUACAGACUCCUCAAAACAACAGCCUCGCUCAAGCGGGUGCUGUGGAAGUCGAAAGCAACAAGCCUAUCUCAUGCAACAACCUCAACUCAUGGGCCACAACCCGGAUUACAUGGUCAUGAACAGUGGUCGAUCUUCAUGCCACCAACGCAAGACGGAGCGUCGAUAUCAGAAAAAGAUGCAGCGUGCUGAGCGUAUGCAACUCCGAGCCGAACAGCGAGCAGAGAGAGAUUAUCAACGAGCCGAGAGACGACAAGCGGGUGUUGCAAUGGUCAAGUCAGGAGCACAGAGGGUUGGCAUGAUUGGUAGCAGCUCAAGUCAGAAUGUUCGUGAAACAAGGGAUUUUCAUGAGGAGCCUAACAAUGGUGUCUACGAGAUGGAUGCCAUGAACCAACGACAUGUUGAAAAGGACGCACCGCCUGCAUACGACGAUGUGGUGAGGAAGUAAAAGGAUGGGAGAGGAUGCUUUGGAAUUGGAGUUGGUAUAUGAAUAUUAUGAUUAGAGCGAUAUCCAAAUUCGAGAAUACGAUAAAUAAACGACUUUUCGCA